UUACUCCAUUCCUCGCCUUUGCUCUGUGAAGCUUCCAGCACCCAAUUGUGAUGACUCUGAGUAUUUUACUCCUCUCUAAAAGGAAACUCUGGGGUGAUGCGAGGUGCUUGUGGUAAAUAUAAACUCUAAGGAUUGCCUUUAUGUUGUGUCUUGCUCUAUUUGAUGUACAUUGCUACUUAACUGAAGAACAUAAUGUGCAUGGCUCCUCAGCAGAACAUUGCAAUUUGAACACUUUUUUGGGGACUUUGCUGUCACCCUAAAGCUGUGACUCUACUUUCACAUUCUUUUUUUUCUCUUUUGUUUAACCAAAUCUUUAAUGUCUACCAAACGAAAAAGUGAAGUGUGAUUGGUGCAGAUCAGCACUGUGGGUUUUCAUGGCUGGGCUCUUUUAGUCAUUUCCUGAGAGCUCGGUGCAGAGCUGCAACAAUGCAGGAAGCAGCAGCAGGCGUAGCGAGGCUGAGUGUAUGGUUGGAGAGCAGCUUGCUGUAGGUGAGGGCUUGUCCUCCUUGCUGAGAUGUAGGAAUUGCUGGGAUUGAUGCUCUGGCUCAUCAGGAAGAACCUCUGCUAUCCUUCAGUCACAGCAGUGAAGAUGAUUUGGGCAUUAAAAUGCUGAGCCAGAAACUACAGCUAUGUGACUCCUGAGUGAUGAGUGAUGCAAGUUAAGAUCUGGAAUUCAAGAGCUGGAAGAUGAGUGCUUUUAAAAAGUAUUACAGUCUCUCUCCCAGGACCUUUAGAAGGUCUUUGUCAGAACAGGAUGCUGGCGCUGCUGCCUUGAAGGACUAUCAUUGGUACCACCAAAUAAGAAGCAAGAAGGUGAGCAAACAAACAGCUUUGGAACCAGACAAAGCACUUGGAGCGUACAGGUGGCAAACGCAUCCCCGUAUUCCCUGGAGGAUAAGCAAAAGAGCACACUCUGGCAGCCUUAGAGGGGAAGGUAACAAUUCGAGUCUUGACAAGAGUUCUGCAAGCAUGGAUGCUACCAGCGCCGAGGAUCUCCACCAAGACUCAACGGAGAUGCUCUUCCAGGCAAGGACCAGAUCACUGCGGGUUCCCUUCAACCGUUCCCUGUCUGAACCUGUGCCGCAAUCUGCACACAGGAGUGCCAAGCCCUUUCUGCAGUCAGUACGCUCUGUGGAUGGUGAGCAGCACAGCUAUUUUGUCCGUGGCAUCUUCUCAACUCUCUCAAGUGGCUUUUCAAAGAUAAUGAAUCGAAGAGGGGAGCAGCCCCCCAGUGAGGCACUGGAGGAGUGGAGAACAGACAAUAGGCAAAUUGACCCGUGCACAGAUGUAAAAGGACCACCUACACACAGGCUGUCCUGCGGCCAGUCCCCCUACACCGACACGACGACAUGGGAGAGGAAGUACUGCAUCCUGACUGACAGCCAGCUGGUGCUGCUCAACAGGGAGAAGGAGGUGCCCACCGAGGGGUUGCAGGAGCCUCAGGAUGCCACCAAAGGCCGCUGCCUGCGCCGCACAGUGAGCGUGCCCUCUGAGGGCCAGUUCCCCGAGUACCCACCAGAUGGGGCCGCCAAGCUGGAGGUCCCAGCAGAGAGAUCUCCUCGCAGACGGAGCAUCUCCGGGACCAGCACGUCUGAGAAAACCAACUCCAUGGAUGCUGCAAAUACGUCUCCUUUCAAAGUAUCGGGCUUCUUCAGUAAACGUCUGAAAGGGUCCAUCAAGAGGACAAAGAGUCAGUCAAAGCUGGACAGGAACACAAGUUUCCGCCUCCCGUCCCUCCGCAAUGCUGAUGACAGAUCACGUGGGCUGCCGAAGCUGAAGGAGUCCCGCUCCCAUGAGUCCCUGCUGAGCCCCGGCAGCGCAGUGGAGGCCCUGGACCUUGGGGCAGAAGAAAAGGUCUUUGUAAAGCCACUUCACAGCAGCAUCCUCGGGCAGGACUUCUGCUUUGAGGUAACCUACUCCAGCGGCAGUAAAUGCUUCAGCUGUUCCUCUGCUGCAGAGAGGGAUAAGUGGAUGGAAAACCUACGCAGAACAGUGCAGCCGAAUAAGGACAACUGCCGUCGAGCUGAAAAUGUGCUUCGUCUCUGGAUCAUCGAGGCAAAGGACCUGGCCCCCAAGAAGAAAUACUUCUGUGAGCUGUGCCUUGAUGACACUCUCUUUGCCCGCACCACCAGCAAAACGAAAGCAGAUAACAUCUUCUGGGGAGAGCACUUUGAGUUCUACGGUCUCCCAGCUCUUCACAGCAUCACGGUUCACAUCUACAAGGAUGUGGAGAAGAAAAAGAAAAAGGACAAAAACAAUUACGUCGGCCUGGUCAAUAUUCCCAUGGCCACUGUCACGGGUCGCCAGUUUGUGGAGAAAUGGUACCCGGUCAGCACACCUACACCCAACAAAGGGAAAUCAGGGGGACCUUCCAUUCGCAUCAAGUCUCGUUAUCAGACCAUCACCAUCUUACCCAUGGAGCAAUACAAGGAGUUUGCAGAGUUUGUUACCAGCAAUUACACGAUGCUGUGCUCGGUGCUGGAGCCGGUCAUCAGCGUAAGGAAUAAGGAAGAGAUGGCUUGUGCAAUGGUGCACAUUCUUCAGAGCACGGGGAGAGCUAAGGACUUCUUAACAGAUCUGGUGAUGUCUGAGGUAGAUCGCUGUGGGGAACACGAUGUCUUGAUCUUCAGGGAGAACACACUUGCUACCAAAGCUAUUGAGGAAUACCUGAAGUUGGUAGGGCAGAAGUAUCUCCAUGAUGCGCUAGGGGAGUUUAUCAAGGCUUUGUAUGAGUCAGAUGAAAACUGUGAAGUGGAUCCCAGCAAAUGUUCAUCCAGUGAAUUAACAGACCAUCAGAGCAACCUGAAAAUGUGUUGUGAGCUGGCCUUCUGCAAGAUUAUCAAUUCCUACUGCGUGUUCCCUCGUGAGCUGAAGGAGGUGUUUGCAUCUUGGAAGCAGCAGUGCCUGAGCAGGGGCAAGCAGGACAUCAGCGAGCGGCUGAUCAGCGCCUCCCUGUUCCUCCGCUUCCUGUGCCCCGCCAUCAUGUCCCCCAGCCUCUUCAGCCUCAUGCAGGAGUAUCCUGACGACCGGACGUCGCGCACGCUCACACUUAUUGCUAAAGUCAUUCAGAACCUCGCCAAUUUUGCUAAGUUUGGUAACAAGGAAGAGUACAUGGCUUUCAUGAACGACUUCCUGGAACAUGAGUGGGGGGGGAUGAAGCGAUUUCUCCUGGAGAUCUCUAAUCCAGAUACCAUCUCAAACAUGCCUGGAUUUGAGGGCUAUAUCGACCUGGGCAGAGAGCUCUCAGUUUUGCAUUCCCUCUUAUGGGAGGUUGUGUCCCAACUUGAUAAGGGUGAAAAUUCCUUCCUACAGGCGACCGUGGCAAAACUGGGACCUCUUCCUCGUAUUCUUGCUGACAUCACCAAAUCAAUGACCAACCCUACGCCAAUACAGCAGCAGCUGAGGCGUUUCACUGAGCACAGCUCUAGUCCAAACGUCAGCGGCAGUCUCUCCUCAGGGCUUCAGAAGAUAUUCGAGGACCCCACUGAUGGUGACUUACAUAAACUGAAGUCUCCAACCCAGGAAAACAUAGAUGGAUAUUUCAGGGGCAAGACCUUGCUUUUGGUUCAGCAGGCAUCCACUCAGAGCAUGACUUACUCAGAUAAGGAUGAAAGAGAGAGCAUCUUGCCCAAUGGUCGGAGCAUCUCCCUCAUGGACCUGCAGGAUCCCCACACCGCUCACAGUGACCACGCUUCCAUGAUGCACGACGUGCCUUUGCGCUUGGCCGGCAGCCAGCUCUCCAUCACCCAGGUGGCAAACAUCAAGCAGCUGUGGGAGACUCAGAGCACGCCCCAAAGCGCUCCCCAGGUGAGGAGGCCGCUGCACCCAGCUUUGAACCAGCAGGGCAGCCUCCAGCCUCUGUCAUUCCAGAACCCGGUGUACCACCUCAACAACCCACCUGCGCCGAUGCCCAAGGCCUCCGUGGACUCCAGCCUGGAGAACCUGAGCACCGCCAGCUCGCGGAGCCGAAGCAACAGCGAAGACUUUAAGCUCAGCGGGCCCAGCAACAGCAGCAUGGAGGACUUCACCAAGCGCAGCACGCAGAGCGAGGACUUCUCUAGGCGGCACACAAUCCCAGACAAGCACGUCCCCAUUGCAUUGCCCCGCCAGAACAGCAGCAGCCAGGCACAGAUCCGCAAAAUGGACCAGGCUGGGUUAGGGGCCAGGGCUAAAGCGCCACAGUCGCUGCCACACAGCGCGUCCUUGCGCAGCACGGGCAGCAUGUCGGCCGUGUCGGGGGCUGUGGUGACUGAGCCCAUCCAGAAUGGCAGCCGCUCCCGGCAGCAGUCCUCCUCCUCCAGGGAGAGCCCGGUCCCGAAGGUGAGGGCCAUUCAGAGGCAGCAAACACAGCAGGUCCAGUCACCUGUGGACUCGGCCACGAUGUCACCAGUGGAAAGGACAGCAGCGUGGGUCCUCAAUAAUGGGCAGUAUGAGGAAGUCGAGGAGGACACAGAGCAGAACCCAGAUGAAGCCAAGCAUGCCGAGAAGUACGAGCAGGAGAUAGCGAAGCUGAAGGAACGUUUGAAAGUGUCGAGCCGCCGGCUGGAGGAGUAUGAGCGGCGGCUCCUGGUGCAGGAGCAGCAAAUGCAGAAGCUGCUGAUGGAGUACAAGUCCAGAUUGGAGGACAGCGAGGAGAGACUGCGCAGGCAACAGGAGGAGAAGGACAGCCAGAUGAAAAGCAUUAUCAGCAGGCUCAUGGCAGUUGAAGAGGAACUGAAGAAAGAUCAUGCAGAGAUGCAAGCUGUCAUUGAUGCAAAGCAGAAAAUUAUUGAUGCACAGGUCAUUAAUGGGGAUGAGAUAAUUCAAACAGGAGAAGCGGAUCGUGUCCCUGGACUCUGCCAACACGCGGCUGAUGAGUGCCCUGACGCAGGUGAAGGAGCGCUACAGCAUGCAAGUCCGCAAUGGCAUCUCCCCCACCAACCCCACCAAGCUUUCCAUCACGGAGAAUGGUGAAUUCAAAAACAGCAGCUGCUAACUGGGCAGACGCUGCCAGCCAUCUUCCCAGGAGAAGGGCAGGAGGGAGCGGACUUGAGAAACUCCACCGACGGCCCCUCUUCCCCGCCAGGUUUACAUGUUGCUGCUAAUAAAAACAAGAAAGAACUCUGAACGGUGGGCUUCAAUUCCCCACUUGAGGCCAGGAGAAUCCGGCUCCCGAGAACAAGUCCUUCCAUAUCACUGUGUAAAUAGAGGGAGCUCUGGGUCAUGUACAGAAAACGCCGAUGUAAUAUACCGAAAGGAAGUGAAUACUGUAGAUUUUUUUUUUAAUUAUUGCUAUUUUUAUUAUUGUUUUUUUUUUUUCCUCUUGUUGAAAGCACUGCAGUCCUUGGAGAAGGAAGAGGGGAGUGUGAGUGCAUGUGUGUUGUGGGUGAGAGAGCUGAGCUGUGGGUUACAUUAGAUAGCAGCUGUAUAUAUCAGGCUGACUGAUGCAAGUGCACGAGUGGAGUGAAACAGCAGUGAAAUGAAUUCUGUAACAAAACUCAUCCUCUGAUUUUAUCCCUCUCUUCUCUAGUUGUCCUUUUAUCCGAACGCCAACUCAAUAGCAAACGUUUUUAGCAAGAAAAUUAGCUCAUGCUGGCUCCUGUAGCUGCCUUUGGUGGGAUUCCAGCAUAAAAAAAGCGAAAUCCUGAACAAGGUAAAACCUUGGAGCAGUGAUCCUGUCUCCUUGCAUUUGCACACGCAGGCAGGAUUCCCAGCUAACAGACAGAGGGGAUCUGCAGUUGUCAAGGUAGGAUUCUUUUUUACCCCACUUGUCAUGCAGUUUGUAUUUUCUGUUUUGGGAAUAUACAGACCUGUAAAUACUUUUAUUAUUAUUAUUAUUCUUUCAAUCCAGUCUUUACUUUCUGCACCGUGCAGUGACACCCUGGAUUAUUCCCUGCACUCCUUUGGGAGCAAUCAGGUCAAUGUUCUGAGGAAAGGGCUAACCAAAGGGCACAUGUGCCCAGCCAGAAGAAUUCUGUAUGCAAAACUUCCCUUUUCCUGGCAGAUUUCUUCAACUCCAUCCUGCUCGCCUUCACUGUUCCAGCCUCCAGCUUAGCCAGUUUAGCUCCAGAUAAAGGCAAGAGCUUCCAUUUCCAUUGGAAUUUGCCUUUCUCUGGAUGUUUUUAAGGGUUUUGUGUUGAAGUUCUUUACACUCCUACUUUUCUUAAGGAAUUUUGACUCAGCUUUCAUCUCUCAUUAUCUUCAGUUGCAUUUCAUAGAAACGCAUUUCCAGGCUGCAUGUCAGUGUGUCUGUCAUUACGAGUACAAAGCGACCUUCUCGUGGCAGAUUGUCAGCUGGUAAAAGAUGAACAACAAAUGGUGCAGCCUUGUCAGUUCUCAUGAUUUCAUCGUACGCCCCAAUACUUUGUUUGAGGUCCUUCUAAAGGCUCUGAAGUCAAGUGGUGUGCGACAAGCCAAUGAGAUGAAUGUGGUGGGGGUAUCUGUCUCACAUGGUGUAGCCUGGGACAAGGAGGAGGAGGUUAGAGCUGAUGUUCUUCCUGGCCCCAGUUUAUGAAUCUCUAGAAUUGUACUACAUUAAAAAUGUAGAGGUUUCUAAGCCAGUUCCAGAACUGCUUGGGAUGGACCCGUGUUGCCCUGAACAUGAAGGACUGGCAAUACCGAGGCUCCAAAUUCAGUGUCUGUCAUUGAGUUUGUUUGUUGUUUGCAAAUGAAUUAAUCUCUGUGGGCAGACUUCAGUUAGUAACACAAAACGUUAACUGUUCUACAUUGGUUAUGGGGAGCUGAGAUGCUGAAGUUAAACACUGUCAUACCAGCAUUUUACAUUUCUAACCAUGGGUACGCACAGAGACCACAUCUCCUGUAUUGUGGGAAGGAAAACGCUGUCACAUCUGAAGGAGAUUUGUCUGCAGUGAGUUGGGAUUUAUGUGCGCUCAGCUCUUUCCAGUCAAAGUCUCUCUCUGGCUGCCAAGUGUGAUUUGGUCCUACAGACCCAGCAGCAUCCUCGCCCGCAUCUUGGUGCUCAGCAGUGAUUUGUUUUCAGUACUUGCAGAACUGUCUUCCCACUCUGGGUCACCACUGACUGACUUGAUCCUCCAAGUGUGUCAUUUUGUUCUUUCUCCUUUCCUUCCUCCUCUGUGCAUCACAGCCUUAGGCACUCCAUCCAGUGUCUUGUGAGUAGCUCUUUUACAAGAGCAGCCCUUAUUUUAGUUGAGUAUUUGUGUGUGAUUUGCAUCUCCCCUUUGCUAUGGGCUGUAAUUUCACAGCUGCAUCCUGGGAGGCUUGUUCCCAAAAGUAACCUUUGCAGGUGGGCACGUGUGUUGCUCAUUUAACAUGCAGUGCAGACCACAGGGGUGCUCUGUGACUGAGACAGAAGAGCAAGAAGUCAUGUGAAUGCAUUGCCUAAAGCAAGGCCAGCUGCAUCUCUUCUAUUUCAGUUUCUAUCCCAAAGUGCAAAAUGUACUCCUCUAUCUCCUUGUACAGAGGAGAAGCUCCCCGUUGACCCAAAGUGGGGUGAAGGUUGUGGACUCACAAUGCUGCAAGACUAAAACGGAUGAGCUGCAGUACAGAAUGUGAUGUUCCUGAGUUCUGCAGGCAGCUGUCUCUCCUAGUUUGUCACCAAGCAGCUUUCUGGAGAAAUUUUAAGCUGCUUUAAGCUGACAGCAUGUGAAAAUGGCAGCUUUUGUUCUGUCCAGUCUGAUAAAAUUCAAGUGAUACUGAACCACGUGGCUCUGUCUCUUUUGGGACAAGAACCCUAUCUGGGCCCCGUCUCAUUCUUUCUAAGACUAACAGCCAGUGGGUCUCUGCAGCUAUGAGUGAAAAAGUGAACAGUAGAAAAAUGUGAUGAUAAGUGUUAUAGACUGUGGUUCAUAGAUCCAGCAGAUUGAUCAGGCUGUGCUAAUGCUAUUGCGAGCAACUGCUGCUGUCAUUUAGAAACAGCUGAAGUAAUAAAAUGUGAAAACCUGUCAGAGUAAUGCUCCUGUAUUUCUAGGUGUGAGGCAGGAAAGCUCCCCAUCGCAGUCCUUGCUGGCCCCGUCGCUUAGUGCUGUUCUUCCCAGACCACAGAGACACAACAGAGCAAGCACAGCCGUGAGGUGUGUCCUGUGAAUGCCCAUUCUUUGCAGCUGAAGGAGUUCUCACCUUUUUGUAAGGGAAAUAGGCAGAUUUCACAUCCAGAAGUACCAGCUCUGAUAUCCGUGGUGCGUUGGAAAUGAGCAGCUACAUCUCAAAGCACAGAUUUCACACAGCUCCACUUCUUACAGCUCUCAUUUGUGGUGGAAUAACUCUAAGCAGGAGAUCCAGAGCUGCAUGGAGAGGGAUGUGUAGGCUUUCUAGUUAGAGAAUAUGAAGGGUAUCAGUCAUAAAUUCUGUAUCCAUCCAUCAGAGAAAUGGAUUUUACUCUCAGUUCUUGCAAUUGCUUUGGGUUGGCUUAGGCUUUUUUAUUUUUAUUUUUAACACCAUACAUUAAUUUCAUGUUUUAAUGCUUCCUUUAACCACCAGUUUUGAACUUCAUCUGCAAAUUGAAGUCAGUCGGUUGUACAGCAGUGCCUGUGGGGUGUGCCAGCAGUGUCUGUGUGCUCAGGUCUCCGUGUGUGUAUGAAUUCUGCCUGUGUUCUGCAAAGCUGUCUGUGUUGUUUCUGGAGAACAAGUCCUGUCCAAGUUGAACCAUUAUGUGUAGAUAAUGUUACAUUAGCGUGGUCAGCCACAGGUAUCCAGCUGAGCACGACAGAGCAAAGGGGUUAAAUUGAGACUGAUGCUCUUUAGAUGUUUCCUUCUCUACAGUCAGCUGGCUCCCAGGAGUGAGAGCUUGUCAUUGCAGGCCAUGGCUGCCAGGGAUCCUACCUGUAAACAUAGAUUUUCUGUCUCAAGGGCCUUAAUAAGAGUGUUAUUAUUACACAGAACUGUUUUGCAACGAUAGCUCUAAAUAAUUUAUUUUUUAUUUCGACAAAGUACACCUUAAGAAGUAAUAAACUUGGUUUUUCAAGCCGUAUUUUUAUGCUAGUAGCACUGGACUGUUUGGUCUCUGAGAUCCAUUUCUGCAUUUCAUUGCCUGGGUUUGUUCUAAAGAAGAUUUAUUUUUGUUCUGUGAAUAAUUUUUGAAGGUUCUUGUAAUAUGUACAGAUAUAGAUACAUUUGAGGUCUUUUAUUGAUAUUCCUACAAAGAAUACAAAUAAACUUUAACUUUAAACA